CUUCUGCAUAGAGCGCGAGUGAACCUAUCACCGCGCUUGCGAAACUAUACUCUCGGGUAUCCUUCGCUAAAGAAUCGUGAAGGGAAGAGCUUGGAAUUCUCAGCGGGCCAACAUGCGGUGGCUAUUGAUGUUCCAAUGGUGUACAUGGAAAACUCUUACAGUGAGAACACCCUCUUUCAUUCCCUUUUGAAUCAGAUUCCCGCCAUCGCUGUUUUCUAUGCUCCCGUUAGAGAUGGCGACGUUUACUUCAGAGCAACAUCAUCUGAUCAACGUCUUCUUCAUCGUCUGACUGAGUAUAUUCACAAGACGUUUGCUGAUAGUAGUGAUUUCACUACCCUCCAGGCAGUAAUUAUCACAUGGGAAGGUCUACAAAAUCAGGAAAUGGAUGGGGAAGCUACUUUUCAGCUUGCUCUCGCUUCUGAUGGCAUGACAUCAUAUGCAUUGAUACAGUUUCUUUCGUUACCGUGGUCUGCCUCUGGAGGACGUUAUGCACAGAGUGGAUUUUCCAUGUCAGAUGGACGACAUCAGGCCAAUAUUAAUUCCGGAACGCCGGACGUAAAGGAUUUGGUUGGACUUUCGAACAAUCCCGAGGGCACCUCGUUCAUCUUCCGUAUCUCUGGCUCUGCCAUCGAGGAUCCACGAGAGAAUACCGAUGAGUACGAAUACAACAAUUACGACCAGACUGACUAUGACGGAGAUGAAAGGAAGCCUCCUGUGGACUGUCCGGUCGAUCCGUAUAGUGAUAGAUGUCCGGAAGGGUGUAAUAUCCUUACGGAUGAGCGGAUGUGUUCUCGUUGUAUAUGUGCAGCACUGCCUUUUGCACCUGAGAUAAGGCCUGUUACUUCGUAUUUUACGAAUCCGCUUAAAUGCCUGAAUUUACCUUUUUCAAGGGAUUACACUGAUGGAUUCUGUUGUGAAUGUAAACCAGGAUACUUUGGAAAUGGAAAGGAUUGCGUGAAGAAAGGUGAUCCCCAGAGAAUUACCGGCUCACUCGAAGGUGUCAUCAAUGGAAUCUCCAUCGAUCAUGUCGAUUUGUACACUUUGGUCACGGCUACAGAUGGACAUGCCUAUACGGCUUUGUCGAAAAUCCCAUCUGACCUCGGACAUCAGUUCCUGCUACUGAAUGCGAUUGGCUCCGUCAUGGGAUGGCUCUUUGCAGAAGUACGAUCGCCAACUGCUUACAACGGCUUUCAACUGACUGGUGCCCAUUUCAAUCGUACCGUAACCCUACAUAUUGGAGAUCGAUAUCAUGUAUCAAUUCGUCAACAGUACAACGGCAGAGACGAUUAUCGUUAUCUAAAGGUCACGGUAUUCGUUUCUGGAACUUUGCCAGAUGUUGCACCCGGCACUGAGAUUGCAUUCCCGGAUUACGAAGAGGAAUAUCGCCGUGAACGACCGGGACUUAUUCGCUCGUACACUGGUAUGGAUGUCCAGCUAAGUGAACAUGGUCAGCCGAAAUCGAUGAGAAUGACUAUCGAUCAGCAAAUCCAAUUUGAGGAAUGUCCUCAUCGACCGUUCGACAAGGAACACUCUGUAGCGCUUCACGUUAGACGAACCCACGUCAACUACGUUGCUGACGAUGGUAUCGUACGUUUGGAGUGCGAAGAACCCGUUUUAGGUACGGCUCCCGGAAUUACAUCCAUUCUGUCGGUACUCCUGAACACGGUGGUAGUGCGCAGACAGAUCCUCGAAAUCUGUACAGAAGGUCGUCAUGUAUGCACUUUACCAAAUAUGAGAUGUCGGCCGGUAGCACCGUCAUAUCGUUGUGAAUGCCUACCUGGAUUCCAACCUGUUCAUGACACGGAGUCGCCCUUGGGAUGGAAAUGCCAAGAUUUGGAUGAGUGCGAGCGAAGAGAACAUACUUGCGAUCGUAAUGCUGUCUGUGAAAACACUGAAGGAUCGUUCACUUGCCAGUGUCGUUCGGGAUACACCGGCGAUGGCCAUCACUGCAUGAAAUGUGUGUUCGCUGAUGGCUCUCCAUAUGGUCAGUGCCGUUGCCGUGGAUGGUACACGGGUGAUGGAGUGGANCAUUGUGGACCCCCUCAGGGUGAGUACUCGAAAGAAAAACGACCUUCGAAAAGAAUAGGAGGAUGGUCCGUUUCUGGGUGCACCCUACAUACACUGGUAAGUUGCGACAUCACGUUGUCCUUGUCUGAAUGCGUAUGUCGGGCUGGCUACGCAGGUAACGGAAUCAGUUGCGAAUCUCUGGAUGAUGGAGGUGAGAGACGUUCAAAAAUCACUUUUUCUCACGAGGAAUGCUCAGUUCACGGAAGCUGUAGCUACAGUAGAACACUGGGCUACUAUCACUGCGCAUGUACCGAGCCAUAUGUUGGAAACGGAGUGGAAUGUGCAUUGCCAGGAGCAGAAACGACUGAGGAACGAGGUAAGGAAGACUUAUGGUCCAUUUUGUAUCCUUUUUUGGCCUCACCCUAUCAGCUAGAAGUCUUUAGGGUCCACCGUUGUGAGUGCUACGAAGGCUAUGCUGGUGAUGGAAUGACUUGUCAAGUUUGUGAUUCAGCACACCCGCAGCAGUGUCGUGACUCAACGGAUUGCCAUGAAAAUGGUCAUUGUGUGGUGGUCGAUAAUAAGGGCUACAUUUGCGAAUGUCUACCUGGAUAUCGUGGUGACGGAGUUCGGCAGUGUGUGGUGGCUGACCAGUGCAACCCGACGGACCCGUCCGGAUGCCAUCAAAACGCUGAGUGUGUCUACGGAGAGACGGAACGAGCAUACGUCUGCAAAUGUGUGCGAGGAUUUACUGGAGACGGAGUACGAUGUGUUCCUCAUGCACAACCUCAGACGUGUCGUGAGGAGCCACGCCUAUGCCAUGCCAACGCUCAAUGUGUCUACAACCACGAAGCAAACACAUUUGCAUGCGUGUGCAAACCAGGAUCUGUCGGAGACGGAACCCAUCGAUGUGAUCCUCAGGAGACACCACGCUGCACAAACUGCUCUAUUCACGCUCACUGCAGUCAGUCACAUACCACUGGAGGAUGGCAAUGCAAGUGUAACGCUGGCUAUCAAGGAAAUGGAUAUGUUUGCAGUGCUAUGACAUCAUGCCUCGAUGACCGCUCUCUAUGUGAUCCGCAUGCUGAAUGUGUACCAGGAGAAGGAGGAUAUUACGUAUGCAACUGUCAUUACGGCUAUCGUGGCAAUGGACGUACAUGUACUCCUGAUUCCCAGUCUCGAGACGAUAUUCUGCUUAUCUCUCGAGGUAUGGCGAUUUUCCAUCGAGGAAUCAAUCCGGAAGUGCCCGGAAAACAACUGGUUGUCAUUCCUCAUCAUAUCGCUGUCGGCUUGGACUAUGAUUGCCAGGAUGCUCGAUUCGUCUGGAGCGAUAUUUCCGGUCAUUCAAUAAAAUCUGCUUCGUUAAACGGUACCGAUAUGAAAUCGUACUAUAAAAAGGAUCUGAACAGUCCGGAAGGUGUUGCUGUCGACUGGUCAUCCAGAAAUGUCUAUUACGCCGAUUCCCUGAAUGAUGAAAUUGGAGUGGCCUCUCUUGAUGGGCAAUACCAGAAACCCCUCAUAACCGAAGGCCUUGUGAAUCCUCGAGCUCUGGCACUCGAUCUCAACAAUAAGCACUUGUUCUACACCGAUUGGCACCGAGAGAAUCCUAUAAUUGGACGAGUUGACAUGGAUGGAAAGAACAACAGGGUGUUCCUGAAUGAUGAUAUUCACUUGCCGAAUGGCAUUACGAUCCUCCCGAAUCGACGUGAACUCUGUUGGGUGGACGCUGGGAAUCACAGGUUGUCCUGCAUCGGCCUCGAUGGUAAUAACCGUCGUGUCGUCUACGCACCACUACAGUAUCCGUUUGUAAUCGAAUCGGGUGGGCAGAUGCCCUUCAUGAGCAUGAACAUUUUGUGCAUUGCGUCGACUGAUCUAACCGAGGCCAUUUCAGCUGCAACGGCCUGCUCCGUCGAUAACGGAGGCUGCCCAUACUUGUGUCUUCCUGGUCAGGAAGGUGUCCGUUGUGAAUGUCCAUCGAAUGUCGCCGUAAAAGGAUGUUGA